AUGCCAUCUCUAGCCUUACAGCUAUUACUCUGUGCGGGGUUGGUAUUAUGCUUUACUACCCCUGUCGCUGCUUUCGGAGCUGGAAACAUUAUCAAUGUUUCACAAAUUGCCGGGAAGAACUGGCGUCAUGGUGAUAUUGAGGAUAUCCUGUUAGAGCUCAUGAUCAGUGCAAGUGGAGGCACAAGAUUUGACAAAUUGGCUGUCAAGAGAGUUUACUUUGGCAAUUGGCUCAGAGAUUAUUCGCAAGCUAUCGAUGUUGGUGGUUUGAAGCAGCUACCAAAGGACACUAUCAGGAUUUUGUUGUGGGUCUUGUCAUUCGUCACCUUCGGAUUCGCAACUGCCGAGUUUGAGGUUACGGAGGAGCGUCUUGGAUGCUACCGCCCUGAAGAGCACAUUGACAACCCCAAGGAUUAUGCUGAUAACGAGGAUGCGCGCAAAUACGACUCACGUCUACGUGGCCCUGUUGACGAGGGAAAAGAGCUUGCGAUUGAUGACCGUACUGGUUUGAAAGUCUACAUUGCCUCUGAAGACAGAGGUUGUGACACCAGUGCUGGGUUGGUCAGGAAGAAGUUCGUUGAGGCCAUCGAGAAAGGGCGGGCUUAUGGCCGAGACGGAAACAACAACGAUCUUUACGAGGCAUUGAGGCUUCUUGGAACAGGACUCCACUGCCUGGAAGAUUACGCCGCUCACUCCAACUACAUCGAAUUGGCACUCCGUGAAAUGGGUAUUGACGCUUUCCCUCACGUUGGUGAAAACACCGAGAUUGAAGUCAAUGGAAAGAGAAUCUUCCCCCUCGUCACUGGAACCUUUGGAAUGACUGAUUUCCUCCACAGUGUCGUCGGAGAGGUCUCUGACAAAGUGGCUCAGUCAGAAGUUCAAGAGCUGGACGCCAAACUUGCUGCCGCCGAACAGCAGUCUCAAGACGGUGGUGCCACCUCCACUCUGAAGGGGAUCCUUGACAACAUUCCAUUUGGCCUCCUCGGCCUUGGUGACAGCAAUUUCGGCGACCAAGCCAGCAAGAUCCAGGAUGAUGCCAAUAACAAGCAAUCCGACCAGGGAGAGCAGAGCACGAGAAUUGCUGGAAUGGAUGUCAACGAGUUAAAGACUCAAGCUGCACAGACCAUGAAGGAGAUCUAUCCCAUCAUGGAGUUCCACGAUAAGGUCAUGAAGGCCAUGUCGCAAGCAAUCGAUAAGAUUCCUGGCGCUUCCGAGCUCCUUGAAAACCUUACCGGUGCCAUGCAGAUCUUCAUCUUCUCCAUGCUAGCCCCCUACGUAAAGCCCAUCUUGAACCGUGUCAAGACUGAGCUUGCUGCAGGAUCCGGCGGUGUUCUCCAAGCCUCAGAAAACGCCCAGUUUAACGUCUUCGAGGACGGAAACUCUAGCGACCCCACCCACUCUGUCUUGUCAAAGGAUCAUUUUACAAACAUUCUCAACGAGGUCGCUGGAAGAGUUGCCACUGAAUCUGUCAAAUUCGCCGUCCCAUUGAUCGUAGCGGGCUGGGAAGACAGCAACAGAGACGCAAACCAGAUCUGUGAUGAGAUUCUCCAGAUUUUCCACCACCCAGCUCUUAGAGAUGAGAACAAGCAGGGUCAAAGAGCGAUGUUCGAGGUUGUGCAGAACUGGUGGAACGAAAAAGAUGAUGGCAUGAAGCAGCAUUUCACUGAAGCGCUGAGUAAGCAGGGUGUCAGAGAGGGCAAGAACCACGAGGGUGACGACCCCAACCCAGGCCCCGGAGGGUGCGGUCACAGCCAUGGAGGCAUGGGUGGUCGACAGAACCAUGGCCAGAGCAGUGGCGGCUACAACGCUCCCAGCCGGUCUCUCGAGACGAACGAGGACUCCUACGGUGGAAGUGGAGGAUAUGGUUCUUCGAAUCGUAACCGCUCCAAUCAGGAGGAGUCUUCUUACGGUAGCGGAGGAGGAGGAGGUUAUGGAUCUUCAAACCGCAACCGCAAUGAGGAUCAAUCUUACGGCGGUGGAUACGGGUCAUCAAACCGUGAGAAUACCGAGGAAACAUACGGUGGUAGUGGGGGAUACGGCUCUUCAAACCGCAACCAUGAGGAAACUUCUUCAUAUGGCGGAGGAGGAGGGUACGGAUCUUCAAACCGCAAUCGCGGAAAUGAUGAGGAGACCACUUCCUACGGCGGCGGUGGUGGAGGAUACGGGUCUUCAAACCGCAAUCGUGGAAACGAUGAGACCACUUCCUACGGUGGCAGCGGCGGCGGAUACGGCGGUAACAAUGAAGACGUCUCCGGCUCUUCUGCCAGGCACUGGGGUGGCGAGGAUACCUCAACAUCCUACAGCGCCAGCCGCGAGGAAUCUUCAUACUCGACCCGCAACGAAGAAAGCUCCAGCUACGGCCGCGACAACCAAGCAUCCUACGAAACAUCAUCGCGCAACCGCGGAAACGACGACGCUUACGGCUCAGGAAACACUGGAGGCUAUGGCUCUUCUUCUUACGGAGGAAACCGCGACAACGAGACUUCAUCCUACAACCGUGGUGGCGGUGAGGAAACCGGCUAUGGACGCCAGACCUCUUCCUACAACCAGGAAGACUCUUACGGUAGCCGCGGCGGGAACAACGAGGGCGAAGAAGACUCGUAUGGCCGCCGUGGGGGCGGUGGCUAUGGCCAGGACGAGCAGUCUAGCGGCUAUAGUGGCAGCAGGGGAGGGUAUGGGAGAAGCUCGGAGUAUUAG